AAGCUUUUGUUAAAUUGGGAGACAGGGAAAGAGCUCAAGCGGGAUUGUCCCAAUUACUAGGCUAUUAGGGUCCAAUUCCUCAACCAUAUGAAAAAUGAAACUUUUGCCUUUUUGUACUUGGCUUCCAUACCUUUUGUUUUUUAUCAUGUGUUUGGGAUCAGAGUGUGGGACCGUUGGGCGAAUGAGGAGAUCCAAAAGAGACUUAGUGCGUAUUAGGGAAGCCUUCCCAGAAGCUUGUGCCACAAGCUUGCCUCGGGGCAAACGUUCUCUGCCCGGGAUGAAUCAGUGGAUGCCACGCCAGCACACUCGUUCCUCACAUGCGGAGGAGAGUUCCCCUGGUCGGGUGAGAGCAGUUUACUUCACGGGCAGAGGAGACCAGCUCCGUCUCAAACCUGCAGUGGAUGUACCAAGAGGGAAUUUUACCCUUGAAAUAUGGAUCAAACCAGAGGGAGGGCAACGAUCCCCAUCUAUAAUAGCAGGUCUCUACGAUAAGUGUUUCUAUGCAUCCAGCGACCGAGGCUGGCUUCUGGGCAUCCGGGCAGUGAGUGAGAAGGCCAACAAGGACCCCCGGUUCUUCUUCUCCCUGAAGACGGACCGUGCCCACAAGGUCACCACCAUUAUCUCCAACACACGCUACCUGCCCAACCAGUGGUCCCACCUGGCCGCCACCUAUGAUGGCCUGCUCAUGAAGCUGUUCGUCAAUGGGGCUCAAGUGGCUGUGAGCCCGGAGCAGUCCGGUGAGAUCUUUAGCCCCCUCACAAAAAAGUGUAAAGUGCUCAUGGUAGGUGGAAAUGCCCUCAGCCACAACUACCGAGGCUCAGUGGAUCGUCUUAGCCUGUGGAAGCAGGCCCUCUCACAGCGGGAGAUCCAGCACUACAUGCACUUUCGGGGUCACACACCACUCAAUGACGUCUCCCACCUUGUAGUGCAGGAGAACUUUGAAAAUGCCUUGCGGAGGUGGUUGACGGUAAAAGAUGGGAGCUUCCCGUUGACAGAGGAGCCCGGGCAUGGUCAUGAAGGUCCCUUGAGGGGCUCACUGGACACCACCCUGGAGCCCCCGCCUUGUGGCCAGACAGUCUGCGACAACGUGGAGGUGGUGACCAACUACAACCACUUCUGGAGCUUCAGGAAGUCCAAAACAGUUCGCUACCGUGUGGUAAAUGUACACGAUGACGAGCACAGGAAGCCAACAGUCACUGAGCACCAGAUCAACCUACAGCACCAGCAUCUAAACGAUGCCUUCCGCCCAUACAACAUCACCUGGGAGAGGACGGUGCUAAACGUAUUCAACUCAUCCCUCCGCAACCGCUUGGUGUUAGCAAACUGUGACAUCAGCAAAGUGGGCGAUGAAGAGUGUGACCCCGAGUGCAACCACACGCUCACCGGCUAUGAUGCAGGCUACUGCAAGCGGCAAACCACACCUUGCCCUGAACACAAGCAAGGAAAUGGGGUAUGUGAUGCAGAGUGCAACUGGGAUAACUACUACUAUGACAAUGGGGACUGCUGCAACCCCAAUAUUACUGAUGUCACCAAGACCUGCUUCAAUCCAGCUUCACCACUCAGAGCCUAUUUGGACGUCAAGGAACUGAAAGAGGUCUUGAAUCUUGAUGGCUCGGUACAUCUGAACAUCUUUUUUGCCAAUUCGUCUGAUGAGGACCUGGCCGGGGUAGCCACUUGGCCCUGGGACAAAGAGGCUCUUACUCAUUUAGGUGGCAUUGUGCUGAAUCCCUCGUUCUACGGCACAUUUGGUCACACCCACACCAUGAUCCAUGAAAUUGGCCACAGUUUAGGCCUCUAUCACGUUUUCCGUGGGAUCUCAGAGGUGGAGUCGUGUAACGAUGGCUGCCUGGAGACCGAGUCCUCUUUGGAGACUGGAGACCUGUGUUCUGACACCAACCCAACGCCCAAGCACAAGCACUGCAGAGAUCCCGAGCCUGGCAAUGACACCUGUGGCCGCCGCCAUUUCAUCCACACGCCCUUCAACAACUACAUGAGUUAUGCUGAUGAUGACUGCACAGACUCUUUCACGCCCAAUCAAGUAUCCAGAAUGCAUUGCUACCUGGAUCUCAUCUACCAGUCAUGGAGGCCAGAUAGCAAACCACCGCCUGUACCAAUGCCUCCCCGCCUGGUGGAGCAAGACAAAGACUCUCUCACUCUGGAGUGGUUCCCUACUAUUACCAGCCACUUCUUCCACAGAGAAGUGGGAUCAGUAUGUGACAAAUGCACAGAGAGGCGAGUCCUACUGCAGUACGCCUCCAACUCCUCGUCGCCCCGGCCCUGUUUGCCUUCUGGACAUUGGAGUCCUCGUGAGGCUGAAGGUCCUCCGGACGUGGAGCAGGUGUGUGAGCCCAGCGUGCGCACAUGGAGCCCCAACGCAGGUAUCGACUCCAGCAGCGUGGGUUCUCCUCCUUGCCCCCUACAGGGUUGCAUGCUUCAGCUGGAGUUCCACUACCCGCUUGUCCCUGACUCCCUGGUGGUGUGGGUGACUUUCUUCUCUCCUGAGGAAACCCAGCUGCCUGCCAUCCACAACAUCCUCCUGCUGACCGUCAGUGGCCUGAACGUCUCCCUGGGCCCACAGAACAUCUUCUGCGACAUGCCGCUAACUCUCAAACUGUCUGUGGAUGAGGAGGUGUACGGCGUGCAGUUUUUCACAGUGGAGCAGCACUUAGAGAUUGACGCAACACUUCUGAUCUCCAAGUCGGAGUGCCCGUUGUGCCAGGCCUGCCAGCCACUACGCUACCAUCUUCAGCGCCAGCCCCCGUUCUCGAAUGCCCCCCAUGGUAUCAUUGUGCCAGAGUCGAGACGCAGAUAUGUGGACAGGGACGUGGAGCCUGGUCAGACUUACACGUAUCAGGUGUUUACUGUCUCAGAACGGGCAGAGAGUGAACCGUCACCACCUCUCACUCACCAACUGGGUCUCCCAUACUGUGGGGAUGGAAGCAUACAGAAACAUCUAGGGGAACAGUGUGAUGACCUAAACUCUGCCAAUGGGGAUGGUUGCUCCAGUCAGUGUAAAAUGGAGCCGUUUUUCAACUGUGUAGAAGAGCCCAGCCUGUGCUACUUCUAUGAUGGCGACGGGGUGUGCGAGGACUUUGAGCGGGAGACCAGUGUGAGGGAUUGUGGCCUGUACACCCCUAGUGGAUUCCUGGACCAGUGGGCCACCGAAGUGGAAGUGUCGCAUGAGGAGAAGAGCCACUGCCCCUCCUCGGUGGUGAUUGGAUACCCAGCAGUCACUAAGACCUGUCAGUCCAAGGCCUUUGAUCUAUUUGACGGAGUGUCUCAAUACGCCUGGUUUCCCUGUCAGGAGGCACAGCAUCAGUCGCAGAACAACCAGUACUGGCUCAAAGCGAACUACUCCCACCCCAUGGUGGCUGCCUCAGUCAUCAUCCACCUGGCCACUGAUGGUACCAGCUAUCUUGACCAGACCCAGUGUAACAUCUCCGUUCAACUGGUAGAUACCAAGGAGCAACUACACAGCCUAGGUGAUUGGCGCCUAAGCUGUAGGAACAACCCUCUGGUGAUCCCAGUGAGUCACGACCUAAGCAUGGCAUUCUACCGCACUCAAGCCAUCCUGGUCAUGUUCCGCUCCCAGCUUGUAGCCAUCUCUGGCGUCGGCCUCCGGUCCUUUCAAUAUUUUGACCCCAUCACCAUCAGUGGCUGCCAGAGCAAUGAGAUCUACAACCCAAUGGGACAAAGGUGUGUCCAUUACUCGUGUGACACCAUUGACUGUCAAGACCCAGUGGUCCAUAAUGCAGAGAUGAGGUGCAGUAGCCCUGGGUACGUCAAUGGAGUUCGCUGUACAAUCACCUGUAACCGGGGAUAUGACCUGCAGAUCCAUAGGGAUGAUGACAUCAUCAAGACACAGUCUGAAUCUGCCGUUACCAUGUCCUGUGCCGAUGGGAAAUGGAACAAGCACGUGACCUGCGAACCGGUGGACUGUGGCCGUCCGGACAAGUACCACGUGCACCCUGCCAACUUUCACUUCUUUGAGGGCACCACAUAUGGCAAAAAGUGCACUUUCCAAUGUCGAGAGCCAGCCCAGUUAGUAGGCUCCAACAAUGUGUUGACAUGUAUGGAGGAUGGGAUGUGGUCUUUCCCCGAGGCUCUGUGUGAGCUGCGUUGUCCGGCCCCUCCCACGGCCCCUAACGCAGUACUGCAGACCAAGCGCUGUAACGCCACCGGUCUCAAGGUGGGAUCCCUCUGCAAGUACAAGUGUAAGCCGGGUUACCAAGUCCCAAGCACAGACAAGCUCAAAAGUCUGGUGUCUGUCCCCAGACGAGCUUUCAAGCUCCAAUGCACAGAGGAUGGCAGCUGGCAGGAAGGUGUGUGUGAGCCAGUGACGUGCCAAGCGCCACCGCCCAUCUUCCAUGGCGCGUACCAGUGCACUAAUGGCUUUAGGUUCAACAGCGAUUGCUGGAUCAACUGCAAUGGCGCUAACCACACGGAUCCCACUAGCAACGUGAUCAGAUGCAGGAAAGAUGGGAAUUGGACAGGCACCUUCCAUAUUUGUCCUCAGUUAACAGGCCAGUGUCCUCUACCUCAUAACCUCAGUCCCAGCAUACGCCUAAGAUGUAGAAAAGGACACAACAUAGGGGAGGAGUGUGAAUUGACAUGUAAAGACAGAAACAAUAAUGUGGUCAUCCUACCCGACAACAUGAAUGCAGAGGCAGUGAUGAAGGAUCACUGGAGGAACCCUCUAAAAGUUAAGACUAUUGUUUGCACUAUGGGCCAGAAGUGGUACCCAAACCCAGAGGACCUUCACUGCAUUAAAGGUUGUGAGCCUUUCAUGGGGGACAACUACUGUGAUGCCAUCAACAACCGAGCAUUUUGCAGUUAUGACGGUGGGGACUGCUGUCAUUCUACUGUCAAAACAAAAAAGGUUAUACCAUUCCCCAUGUCCUGCGAUAUUCGAGAAGACUGUGCAUGUCUAGACCCAGAUGCCCAGGAAAACAACCAAGGGGUCCGUCAACACUCUCUGGGCUGAUCUUUGGGCCCCUGAGUGCCCCAGCAGCCCUCACUCCAUCAGCAUUUCUCUCCCCAUGAUGCUUACAGGAGGACAUCUCCAUGUAUCACACCACAACACAUGCACAUGUUUGAUAACAGUGAGAUCCAAUACGCAGGUUUUUAAGAGAUGGCCCAAAACUUUAAAAGCAGUGUUAGGAUCAUCCAACAAUUCAAACUCAUCAGUGUAAAGCAGGUGGUAAUUUACAGAGAACUAGAAUUGGAGAGGCAAAGCUGGCUGCAAGGGGAUGUGAAUGAAGAUCGGUUGUGUCUGCACUCAACCAAUGCUGCUAGUUUUGCUGCUAUAGGCCAUGUAGCCAUCUUUCUUACUCCACACAUCACAUUUAGACAGUAUUUUUUUCUGGAUAUGUGUACAAUAUGCCUUAAAGCUUACAAUACCACACCUGGCCAAUGUUGCAUGUCUGUCAUAAAGACAGCCACAGUAUGCACUGGGUACUCUCAAUGCUCAAAAAGAACCUGCUGUCAGAUUUUAGAUGCUUUCUAUUUGUUACAUGAGACACAUGAGCACUUGUGUUUUGUUUAUUUUUCAAAAUCAAAGAAAACCUAUUAUUUUGGUUAUAUACAAUAUGUCUGCCUUGUACUAUAGGAUCCUGCAAACACACACACAACCCAUCAACUCAUGUAGAACACCACUCAGUUGCCAUAACCAAAGUAGGUCAGUCUAAAAACUGGGCUUGUUUACAAGAGUCUUUAUUUAGCUAUUGUAAAUACGUAUAUGUCAGCUAUGCAUUUUAAUGUUCUGUAUCAGUAUUAUUUGGAAUUAUGUUACAACUUACAACUCUCUCUAUUUCGGCCAAUAGUGUAUUAUUGAGUCGUCGCAAUGGUUCAUUGUUGCAUAGGUGUCCUAGGCAAAGUCACUGUCUCUAAAGUCAAAGCUCUGUCAUAUAAGAGCUCUUUAUUGUGACAUCAGGAAUGUAUUUCAGGCCUUGAAGCUGUAAAAAUUAACUGGUGUAGGUAUUGUAAUGAAGCUUGACAGUGAACUUUUUUGUUAUCAUGUAACACGUUUGCCUUUUCAUUGUGCUGAUGAUUGAAGAGAGAGAAUACGUUAUUGCACUUGUUUUAUUCUGUACUAUCAGAUUUACCUAGACUUUUACCUGGCCUCAUUUUAAUCAUUUCUUGCUCAACAUGAACCCUGUGACAGCCACCCCACACCUCUCCAAUUGUGAGGUGUAUGGUUGAAAGUUGUGUGCAACUGACGGCUAAAAUAAUGAAAUGUAAUCCUUGACGAAUCAAUGACAUAAGAUCAAUGACAAAUACCAGCUCAGAUUUUAGCAUAAUUUCAAGUGCCAAAAAUAGAAAUUUGAGUUAUGGUAUAUCCCCAUCAAUCUAUCUGAACUCAUGUAAUGGUCAUUUACCCAUAGAUUAUAUUCAGUAGGUAUAACCAUGUCAUGAACUGACAGCAGAUAAGGUGAAAAAUAUUGAAAAAGGUGCUGAACCCUAUUGCUCAUGUGAAGUCGCUCUGCAUAGGAGCUAUUAGAUACUGUUAGAACUAUUUAGAUACUCAUUGCUUAUAUUUUUAACUACCUUCUCUUCUUUCAGAAUAUGCUAUAAUUAUGGCUUUCUCUCAGUCCAGUGUUGCUUAGAACUGUUUGGUAGAUCUUGAUUCAAAUGCACUGUUUUUGAGAACAGCAACUUUUUGCAUUUGACACAAAUGACAAUUAUUAUUUUUUUUUUAUUGAUGGUAUGCUUUUUUCUUUUUUAAUUCUAGUUAGCUUUUUAUCAUUGACCUCAUUUACUGCACUUGUUUUAAACAGUUCUGUCAGAAAAAAAGUGUUUCCUUAAGCUGCUACAGUCAUGUAUUUCAAUUGCAUUGCAUUCUUAUGUCAUUAUAUUAACACUUUUUUUGUCAUUAUUUAAACCUAUUUGAAUCACUUUUCAUGUAAAACAUAAUGGGGCCCUUCUAAUGACAAGGCAUACUAGCUGUUAUAACCAGAGGUCACAUCUUCAGUAGGUUUUAGCAUUGAUCAAAGAAAACAUGUCAUACCAAGCUAACAGUGAGAUGGUGUUAGCAUAGCGGGAAACGCUAGCAGCUGUUAAAUAUGUGACAUCUGGUUUGAACACAUUCUGAAUGAACAGCUACCAUCCUCCUUAAUGAUUACACCACGGUAGAGAGGACAGGAACUGUUUCAUCCAUGUGCUAAAUAAAAUAACUGGGUUGUUUAAAAGACUACAGGUCCAAUACAGUCCAAUACAAUCUGGAGAGCAGGUUAUGGGAGACAUUUUUAUAAAGCAUUUUCAUAGUGCAUAAGAUCUAGGCAAAUGUUUUUUUUUUUUUUUUACAUUUAAUAGUAUUCGAGUUGUGGUUUAAUUAGAUAUUUUUCUUCCCCCUCAUGGUUCUUGGAUUUCCAUUUAAGUUUAGUUAGCUACAGAAUGUUUCUUACUGUAAACACUUACUGAAUAACCAUGGAGCAACCAGUUAAAGGUGCAUAAGUUAAAGGUUUAGGUUUUUUGUAAUAUAUAUUUUGAUACCAUUCUACAUGAGUUGAUUGAUUAUGGCCCAUAGUCUUAUUGGAGAUACAAUGCCUAUGAGGAGUUACAUUUUGUAAAUAUCAUUGCAAAACAUUUUUCAUCAACAAGCCAUAAAAGCCAUGUUGCUAUAGUUGUUCAUAAGCAUUCCAAAAAAGGAAUCUUAGAAUAGGAUGUAGUUCUGCACUUUCCCCACUAGUGUUCAAGUUAGAAUUGGGGAAUGGAAAGCUGAUCCUAGAUAUGUACCUAGAGGGAAACUGAGCACAGCCUUGCUGCAUAUGAGUGCAUUUUGCACGCAUUAUUCCUCUGAGCCUCAGUGGUGUCAUCAUUUUAAUGAUCAUCCACCAAAUAUUUUGUUGAACAUGGACACACCAAACCCAGUCCGUCAAAAACAGUAAACUGCUGACCACUGUAAACUAAACUAAGAAAUGGAAAUGCUCUGUUCACUGUACCUUCGGUAGUAUGUUUCAGCUUGUCUUUUAGGAAAAACAAACUACCUGCCAAAGUGUCAGUCAUUAUUAUUUUGGUUUACUUCAGUGAAAGAAAAAUACAGGAAGGUUUGUUUCAGUAUGUGUAAUGUUUCACAAUUAGAUCAGCUGGUCAGGUAUAUCCUUCAUAAACACAGGGGUACAAAUUUAGAUUUCCAGUAGGACGGUUUCACAGCUGGAGCACAACAUUGGACAAAUUAUUCAGAUAAACCAAGGACAAAUGGUGGUGAAAACACCUACCAAUAAUAUAACUAUGCAACAAUACCACAGGAAGCUGGUGUCAUCUUCAUUCCGGGGAACGGGCUCAUAACAGCUGGAACCGAAUAAAUUAAAUGUUAUCAAAUACAUCACCUUCCCUUAGGCAGUUUUUUUUCCAUGUGUUUGAUACCAUCUCAUUUACUUAAUUCCAGACAAUAUCACCUGUCACCAGCCUCCUAAAGGAAAAUGCACAAACACAUACAGUGGGGAGAAC